AUGUCAGCAGUCGAUCCCAACCGGCCAGACAUCAAGGCCUUCAUGACCAAAGCCGCCCAGGCCCUCGGCCGCACCCUACCCGCGCCCAAAGACGUCUUCAACUUCGGCGGCAGCAACCCCCAAGCCACCGACGAACUCCUCGCCCUUGCCUUAGCAGGCGAGAAAACCGCAACAACCUCGUGGCCCAUCCCGGACCCUCUGCACUGGGGCGUGGGCGACCUGUCUGUGAUCCUGGAUGGCAGCGGUGGACCCGCGGCCGUCAUGAAGACGCUGUCGUUUGUGCAGUGCAGGUUCAAGGACGUGGCGGAGGACUUUGCGCUGGCGGAGGGGGAGGGCGAUUAUGAGGCGUACCGGGAAGGCCACAUUCGUUUCUAUGGGCAGCAGGAGGGCGGGCAUGACUUUGGAGACGAGAGCAUGGUUCUGUGUGAGAGGUUUGAAGUCAUUUAUCCACAAAGAAAAACACAGGAGAGAGCACUUUGUAAGCUACUUGGGUAA